GUGCAUGUGCAUAUCGCCGGGUUUGGCGUUGCGCCGCUUCUGAAAAGGUCGGCCUGUGCCCUGUGGGCACCUGGCACCAGCUCUCCUGCAUUUGAAUUUCAAGUCCCUAAAUAACCGAAACUCGAAUCUCCUGCAACGUGCCCCCCAACUGCAGUCGAAAGUCACACGAACCGACCAACAGACUCAUUGCCAAAAAUAAUCUCCAAGAGAGGUUGCAAGCGGACCGACAAAUCAACAAUGGCACGUGUGUCCGAUGGCGGCCAGACAUUGGCGAUGCCAUCGCCGUUACCGCCUCUGUUACGCCUGACCCCGCAAAUUCGACGGCGCAUCUACUUCUAUCUUGGGUUGGCGAGGUGGGACGGUCGCCCCUUCCGAUUCAACCUGCACGCCGGGCAGUUCAAACUGCCCCACGGCCUAUCAGCGCAUGAGUUGAGCUGGAGCUUCAUGACUGACCCGAACUCCUUCCACGGCCUUCUCCUUUCGUGCCGGACCAUCCACGCCGAGGCGACUGCUCUACUAUACUCGGCCAACCAGUUCAUCCUCUACUACUCCGCCCCACCGGCACAACCCCGUCAGCCGACCUCGCUCCGUCCGCUGCACACGCUGCAUGCUCUGUCCGCACCGACGCUCCUGUUCCUCUCGAAUCUCAAGAUCGUCCUCCACGAAGCCUCCUGCCACGCAUGGGCGGAACUGGACUGGCUCAAGACUUGCUGCCUCGAGGGUCUCGAGGACCAGGAACACGCCGGCUUGCGCCACUGUAAGCAGAGCCACGGAGGCCUACACCCGCCUCCCCUCCUGAGCCCAGCCUGCGCGGGCGAUGAUGACGAUAGGCUGGCGGCGGCCCACGCUCUCCUGAGGGAGUGGCGCUCCGCAGCCGCUCGCUUGUGCCAUGUUGCUCCCAAGCGCCUCGCCCUCUGCUUGGUUUGCGAUAUCGAUCCAGAACACCCACGGGCAAUAGACGUAGCAAACUCCGUCGUGGCACCUAUCCGUCUCCUUCCGCCGUUGAAGGAAUGCUCUAUCCGACUGGCCAAGACCCCGGAUCGUCGGCUCCAGCAGCUCGCCCAGGAUACUGUCAUAUAUGCGUGUAGGAUCCCCACGCCAUCUCCAAAGCCUCCGUCGAGUGCAACCACUACGCUGGCAAGCCUUCCGCGCGAGCUCCGCAUCCAGAUCCUUGAGUAUACCGAUCUGGUCACCCCGAGAAGGCAAGUGGCAUGGAGCAGGCAUGAGCGCGCGUACGUUAAAUACUUCUUCAAAUGUCCGCCCGACCCGGCCCCCUGGACCGAACACGAACCGGACGAACUCCAUGCGAGCCAGUUUUCUCGAUGCUGGGAGGACAUUCCCACAGGUAACGGCUGCUUUUGCCGUCGUCGCCACGCCGCCUUCUCGCUUGAUUGCAAGUGCUGGGCUCCACCCACCGCCCUGUUCCUCGUGUGCCGCACCCUCUACGAGGACGCGCAGUUCGUCUUCUUCUCGAGCAACCGCUUUACCGUCCACGACUUCAAGGCACGCCCGCCCGGCGAAGUGCCGGUACCUGAGCAACGCCGAGUGGACGAUGAACCAGUCCCUAGCCACCCCUACCCUUACGAGAGGCUUGCGGCCUCCGAAUUCUUGCGAGAUAUCGUCCCUACGCUUUCCCUCGCCCACCUUCGCUUCCUGGAGCUGGCCUUUCCUCCAUAUCCCCCUCCCAGUUGGCCGGCGACGCAACAUCCUGCGAUGCAAGACUGGUGGAAAACGAUCGACUGGCUCCGAAAUAAAAUCAAUCUAUCGGGGCUCACCAUACGAUUAUUGGUGUCAGACGUGGUCCUCAUCGGUCAACGGGACUACCGCCGUACCAUCACGGUUGAAGAAGGAGACAUGAUGAUGACGGCUUAUAUGGAUCUCAUGCGACCGCUGAAGCGGCUGGCCGAUGAUGGACUUGCCCGGUUCUACGCCCACUUCCCCUACCCUUGGGCGUUCACUGAGGAACUGAGGUACCGCCGCUUCACCGAGGGUGACCCUUUGGAGCCCGAGAGGCUGGCGCUCAAGAAACGUGCCGAGCAGUACGUGAUGGGCCACCGGUACGAACGCCUCUAUGCAAACGGAAGGGAGGAGCCAAGGCUCAGCGACUGGUAUGAACCCUACUACUGAGGAUUGACAGCGUACGUUAGACAAGCA